GACGUCGCUCGACGAGAGCAAAUUGAUCAAUCUACGCAGUAUCGCUACUCUGGUGUUUUCAUAGAUAUAUUGGUAGCGGCACUACUUUUGGUGGUCGUCUCCAUAGCCGUGUUCAUGUCAUCGUCAAAGAUCCCGUUAUCGUUCAUCGUUUACUUCUGCCUUGCUCUUACCAUCGUCAUUGCUGCUAUUGGUCUUAUAGGUGCGGUACUGAUCGCGCUACCGUUUGGUGUGGCGGUUUGUGUGAUGCCGUUGUGUAUUCUCGAUGAAUGUCCCACCACACCGUUGAUGCCAACUCGUCUGCUCUUCUCGUACAUCAUGAUUGUCGCCUUAUUCGCCCAUUGCAAUUUUUCACAACUCGGAGCCUGGCCCAAGACUAUUCAGUGCAUAAUCGUCGGGCUUAUUCAUAUCUCGGCUGUCUACUACUGUCAAGCCAACAUUCUCCGACUACUCCCACAGACGUGGUGUGCGAAUGAGACAAGCGCUGGAUUUUUCGACACUUCGUUCGCCUCAUCGUUUUUCAUUUGGGAAAUGUUGCUCGAUGUGGUUCUCUCGAUUAUUCUUGUCGGCUUCCUCAAUUACCAGUUCGAAGCCGCUUUUCGGAUGUCCUUCUAUGGAGACGUCCAGGCAAGACGGGACACUCAGCGCAUGCAGAUAGUCCGAGAUCAAGCCGACUGGUUACUCAACAACGUCAUUCCUGCUCACGCCGUUGAAAGUCUCAAGACGGACACUAAAUACAGUGAAAAUCAUGAGUCAACGGCCGUUCUAUUCGCUAGUAUUACAAAUUGGAACGACAUGUACGAGGAAAACUUCGAAGGAGGACGUGAAUUCUUGAGAGUUUUGAACGAGGUGAUUGGUGACUUUGAUGAGCUCCUUGAUCGACCCGAGUUCUGUCAUAUUGAGAAGAUUAAAACAAUCGGAGCGGCUUAUAUGGCAGCAAGUGGUUUGAAUCCAGAGCGGAAACGAAAUAUGGAACAUCCAAAGGAACAUCUCUAUCAGGCAAGUUCAAGUGUCUUAACUAUUUAUUUCAAUGAUAUUGUUACAAGGGCGUUAGAUAUGGUCGAGUUUGCGCUGGCAAUUCAACAAGUUUUGUCAGUGUUCAACGAAGAUCUGCUCAACUUCGAUUUUGUCUGCAAGCUGGGAUUGAACAUUGGACCAGUAACAGCUGGUGUUAUUGGUACAACGAAACUCUACUACGAUAUCUGGGGCGACACUGUGAACAUCGCCUCACGUAUGUACAGCACUGGAGUGCUCAAUAGAGUUCAGGUGUCCGCACAUACCCGAGAUAUUUUACUGGACAGGUACGAGUUCGAGUACAGGGAUCACAUCGAAGUGAAAGGAAUCGAUGGCGGCAUGGACACCUAUCUGUUGGUCGGACGGAAAAGUGACCGUAUCCCGCCGGCCAUCUCGGAUCAUGGCAGUGCUACCGGCAGCGAAAAGGCGCCGCAGAAGGCUACGUAG